AAUCGAUGGGGGAGACUUGCAGUACCUUAUCGUAGUUUCCUGUCUUGUGGGCUGCCUGCUAUCUCACCCGACUUUGCCUCAUGGUAGAGUGACGACUAAACAAAGUACAGAAGCCCUUGCACGAAACGAUGACGUCCUAAUCACCCCGUUAAAAGUAGAAAACAGAGAGGAGAAUGCACCUGCGCGGAGGCUGCGGGGCGGCGGUGAGGAGGGAAGAACAGCCGCUGCUCUACCAAACGGUCAUGGCUGAGUGUGGUGGUCGGGUGUUGUGAGACGCGCUCCCCCACUUUUUCAAGAUACUUUGCGGUGAGUGAUGAGUUGUCGGCUAUGAAGUGGCAUGUCGGAGUGUUGACGUGUUGUGGAGUAUAGCAGUGUUGCGACGGUGGUUACAAUGGUGCCGCGUGGUGUGCUGGGCCGGGUGGGGGCGGCCCUGUUGGUGGCGGUGUGUGUGAGUGCAGAGAUGUUGCCCGAAGUGAUGUACAGUGUGGCUGUGCCGCACGAUGUGGCCCCUGCGCAUAUUGUACACAAGAUCAAGUUAAAAGAUGGUCAGACGGUCACUAAGUUGAUGGAUAGUGAGUACUCAGAUUAUUUCGCCGCGCUGGACAACGGCGAGGUGAUGACGGUGGCUCGCGUCUCCCCUCUGCUGGGUCGCGUGGCUACUUUGCGUGUGGCCACUAAGUACGCCAACGGCGACACUCAGGUCUACGCUAUCAGGGUGGCCAUCAAGGACCACCAGACCAUGCUGCGCUUCCUCAAGCCCGAGUACGACGCUUCCGUGUACGAAAACCUUCCCGCCGGCACGGAGCUGCAGGGCCUCGACGAUCUGGAGGCCAUGGGCGAGGAAGACGUGAGGUACGAGCUGCUGGGCGGCCACUCGGUGUUCGCUCUGCAUCACGUGGGCGGCAUCCCGACGGUGGUGACGCGCCAGGCGCUGGACCGUGAGGCUCAGGAUCUGUACCGCCUGGUGCUGCGCGCCUACGACAAGGAGGGAAUGGACACGGCCGAGGCAAAGAUCAACGUGCACAUCCUGGACAUGAACGACCAUGCCCCUGUCUUCACGCAGAGCAUGUUCUACUUCUUCGUGCCGCUCAACAUUUCGCGGUUCGACAAACUGGGUCGGGUCACUGCCCACGAUGGCGACGGCGACAAGGUGGUGUACCGCCUGGCGUACCCGUCCAACAUCUUCACUAUCGUGCCGCAGACGGGCGAGAUCAUGGUGAUCGAACCGCCCGAGACGAUGGUGUACGAGCUGGAGCUGGAAGCCUUCGACAAGCGCAAGCCAACUCUUUACUCAGACGUGCUGGCCAAGGCUCACAUUGAGUUCCGUUCCCCGAGCGACUCCCUCUUCACCGGGGAGAGCAACGACAUCGAGUACGACGCCUACCCGGAACACGUCGUGUCCAAGCGCAGCGCCAAGAAGCGGGUGAAGCGUGGUCAGCUGCGCCACACCAAGGAGAUGGUCUUCUCCGAGGCUGACGGCGCCGUGGAGAAAAAGGUGGUCUUCCAGCUCGAGAAGGAGAUCCAGUGGGAGACAUUUAAAAUCCGCGACGACAACCCGUGGGUGGAGGUGGACAGCAACGGCGCCGUCCGGGUGAAGAAGAAGUGGGACUACGAGGAGCUGGGACCCGAGAAGACCAUCGACUUCUGGGUCACCAUCACCAACAACGACAGAAAUGGUGAGUGUUGACGAGGUGUAUUGAAGGGACGAGAGGGAGAGGGAGUUUGCCCAGGUGAGUCCACUGCAGACCAAUGAGUGAGUGAGU